CUCUCCGACGUCAAAACCGUGGACAAGCAGGUCACUCUCCUGCACUUUAUUGCGGACACGAUUGAGCGCGAAUAUCCUGACCUACUGACCUUCUACGAGGAAUUGGAAGGGGUCACCCUCGCUGCCAAAGGUUUGUCCUUUCUCCUGUUGCUUUUUCUUUCUCACAAUCUCUGA